CGAAUUUUCUGAAAAGUCUCGCAUCCAGGCCAUCCAGGCACACCGCCAUAUUCUCAACAAAAUAGCAAGGCGUUUUUGCCACGCCAUUAUAAAAACUAUUUUUCUAUAAAAAAAGGUGUUCAUUCAGUGUAAAUCAGUGGAUAGAUCGAAGAGACAUUGAUAAUAACGGUUAUUUAGAAAAGUCAGUAAAGCGCAUUAGGUGUUUGUGAAGCUGUCGACAUUUUGACGACGACGGGAAUUACACGAGGUUGAUUAGUAAAUGGAAAACUAAAAUGUACAACAAUAUUGACCCAUGGGAGCCGGGCUACGGUCCGGAUAAUCGUCGUCACGGAGAUUACGACUACCGAGGUGAUUAUCGUCCAAGCAGAUCACCAGAUUACCCUGAUCACCGUGACUUGGAUCACCGUGAUCGUGAUCCACACAGGAGUCCAGGAACGGACUACAGGAAUCAUCGUCGUGAUAGAGAUCGUGAUCGGAGCAGAGAUCGACGUGAUCGUAGCAGAGAGGAGCGUUAUCGAGAGAGAGACGAUCGGUACAGCAGGGGAAGGGACCGGGAGUCAUCGGAACGUGAUCGUGAUCGUGAGAGGGAUAGGGACAGGGACAGGGACAGGGACAGGGACCGGGAUCGAGACAGGGAUCGUGAUAGAGAGCGUUCACGACGUGACAGAGAUCGUGAGAGGGAUCGGGAUAGACGGGGCAAAAGGGAUGAUCGAGAUCGUGAACGGGAUGAUGAUCACAGUCGUGAGAGCAUUGAGUAUGAUCACGAUCAUGGACGUGGGUAUGGAUCGUCGAUGGAGGGUGUUCACUACAAAUCCCAAACACCAAACAACACCAUCAUGAUUCGUGGUUUAGCUCAACAUAUUACGGAAAAUGAUGUACGUCAAGACAUCUUAAACUGUGGACUCAUGCCCAAGGACAUUCGGCUGAUACGAAAGAAAGAUACAGGUGCUUCGCGAGGUUUUGCAUUCGUCGAGUUUAACGCGACACAGGAGGCCGCACGUUGGAUGGAGAUGAAACAGGGGGUACUGAUGCUACAAGAGCAGUAUCGAGCGCUCAUGCAGUACAGCAUACCAAAGGAUUGUCACAUGGAUAAACCGCCAUCGAAAAAUAGUCAGGAUUGGCAUUGUGUUAAGUGUGGAGCCCACAAUUUCAAAAGACGCGAGACUUGCUUCAAGUGUUCAGCAUCUCGUGCAGAGAGUGAAGAAGGUGGUGAGGGUAGCGAUGAGAUAAGUCCCCACCCCACAAAUACAGUUUUGCUGCGUGGCCUCGAUGUAUUAACAACCGAGGACUCAGUCCUCCAAGCAAUGAAUAAUUCUUCGGCAAUGCCAAUUCGCAGCAUCAGAAUCGGUCGUGACACCUUGACAAAUACAUCACGCGGUGUUUGCUACCUCGAAAUGGCCAAUGUCGUUGAUGCAAUGUAUCUCCACACCGAAUUGACCAAACAGGGGCUCAUGGUGGACGGACGAAAGGUAGAGAUAGCAUACUGCAAGCUUCAUCAGGUCAACAGCACUGGUCUCUGGAAAUCCAAUGAUAAUCAACCACAGCGUUAUACCUUGGACGAUGUUGCUCAAAUAGCUGAAUACAGCGCCAAUCUCUAUGCCAAAACACCAGCGCAAAAGGCGCAUUAUAUUCAAUAUUACACUCAGUACUAUCAGAAUCAGAUAAUCCAGGGAACCGCUAUAACUUUGCCAUCGUUGAAUCAAACUGAUAGGGUCAAUGCUGCUGCUGCUGUUGCACAAUCAGCGAUACAGCAGCUUCAAGCUUCGAGGAAAUUAGGAGAUGCUGAGGAGAUGAAAGCCAGACCAACUCCAACUGCUCCUACCAGCACUUCAUUGGCCAGUGGACGAGUACCUGCGCAUGCCAAUGAUGGCAAGGUUUAUUCUGUUCCGGAUGUGAGUACUUACCAUUACGACGAGUCAUCAGGUUACUACUACGAUCCCUCCACCGGUCUAUAUUACGAUCCCAAUUCUCAAUACUAUUACAAUAGCCACAUGCAGCAAUUUCUCUACUGGGAUGCAGAAUCAUUCUCUUAUCAACCAGCAAAGUCGAAUCUUCCUGUUCAAGGAACGACAAAUCCUUCCUCGACAUCUCUAACUGUCACAGAAACUCAGAACUCCUCCAUCACCAAUAACUCCAUUUUAAAUUCUCAAGAGGCAAAAGAUGACGACAAGAAGAAAGAUACAAAGCAAGAUAAAGUCAAAGUGGCUAAAAAAAUAGCCAAAGACAUGGAGCGUUGGGCGAAAACUCUGAAUCAGAAAAAGGAGAAUGCCAAGAGCAAUUGGAAUGUCGAGUACUCGGUGGGAGAAUCCUAUCAAGGGGGUAGUGGUGCUGCUGAUGCUGGGUAUGCAAUUUUGGAGAAAAAAUCAGUUGCCAAUUCUUAUCCUGAGGAGGAGGACACUGGCAACAAUGGCCUGGUAGCAGCGUACGGCGGUGGAAGUGAUACAGAAGAGGAGAUUGAGGAUGUUGGACAGGAGGAGAGACAGCACACUGAUUGGGUUAAACUGGCCUGCCUCCUCUGCAAACGCCAGUUUCCAAGCAAAGAAGGACUUGUUCGUCAUCAACAGCUGUCAGAUCUUCACAAGCAAAAUCUUGAGAGCUGGUACCAAGUCAGGGGAUUGGACCCCAAUGAUCCCCAGCAGAGAAAUAAUAAAUACAGGGACAGGGCUAAAGAGAGAAGAGCUAAAUAUGGUGAGCCAGAGCCACCACAACCCAAUAAACUCAAAGAAAAAUAUCUCAAGACAAGAGUUGAUGAGGCACCGGUUAAUUAUGAGGAACCAACUAGAGCUGGAAUUGGCUCGGAUAAUGUUGGUAAUAAACUGUUGCAAAAAAUGGGUUGGAGCGAGGGAAUGGGACUGGGAAAAACAAAUCAGGGAAGGACUAGUAUCAUUGAAGCCGAGAGGAGAGUCCCUGCUGCUGGGCUUGGGGCUAAAUCAUCAUCUUAUAAUGCAAUGCCUGGUGAUACGUACAAAGAUUGUGUGAAGAAGAUGAUGUAUGCUAGGUAUCAAGAAUUAUCUGAUUCGUAAUUAUUGAUGAAAUGUAAUAAUUACUCAUUACUAAAUCAUCGUGGAGUGAUUUUUGGGGGUAAUUUCGAGGGACCCUUAGAGGGAAGUGACGCAAUGAUGAUUAACUAUUUUAUAUAACGGGAAAUUGAAGACACGUUCCCGUUUGUGUACAAUAAAAAAAGGUGCAUCAAUCGUGAGUCCAAGGAUGUAAAAAGACAUGAUUUUUUUGAGGAGUCAAUCGAUUAUCGUGUAAAUAGUUCCAGGCAUCACCGCUUUCAAUAUUCAAUCCACAAAUUCCUCAGUGAUAUUUGAGAAAUUGAAAACAUAAUCGAUCAGUAUGUAAUUGAAAAUGGAGACAUCGAGUUUCAGAAUUAUGUGUCAUCGGAUAACUAUAGGAUAAUGUCAGAGGAAAAAUCAUUCUCAAUUAUUGAUUUUUCUCGUUAAUUUUUUGUAAUAAAUUCUGUCAUGAGGAAAAUUAUCCCGAUUAUUAAUGCUAUUUUAUUUUUUUAUUUGAGGGCUUUGUGUAUGAAACCACUGAGCUGAGCACGCAUAAUAAAAAUACCUGCGGAUUGCUUGUAAA